AUGGCUAAUACCGCUCUUGAUGACUGCCGUUUCCAGGAGCUGAGAGAGAUCCUCUUGGGGGGAGAGGGUCCUGCAGUCAAGAUAUGGCCUCCCCAGCUUCGGGCUGAUAAAAAUGAAUUUCGUGCUUUUUUCCCCGUCAAACAGCUUCGAGAUCGGUUUGAGAAAGAAAAUUUCCAUGCUAUAUUCGGGUGCCGUUGCGUGUAUUGCGAUGAAGAAUGCGGCAGGGAAAUGGGCGAAGGCUUCAUGACGCCGGGGUUGUUUAACGAUCCCAAUCAAACAACACAAAUAAAGCACAACGUUCUAGGCGACGAUAAUUUAUGCUGGAUAUUCGGGCUUCUGAUAGAAUGUAGAGUGCCGAGGUAUAUUGUGGUCUUCCGCGAUUAUCUUCAACAGCAACCGCCAAGAGCGGAAGGGAAAAUGUUUACUAGAGAGGAGCUUGAAAAAAUUACUGGCGCCGCAGACGAGUCUGUUCUGACGGCGGACAACAUAAAGAAAUUUUUGAAUAGGCAACACUGUUACUUCGAGGAACCAAUUCCUUGGAACUUAGAUGGUUACGAAUGUGACCCGAAACCUAUCGACACCGAAUGCGCACUCCCAAUCGCAGACAAUGUUUCCCGUGUUCACCAUACCGAUUGGCAGGGAGCUGAGAGCCGUGUUUUCAAGUUCAAUUUGCUGCCAGAAUCUUUAAGCGGAACCACAUUCAAGAAGAAUUAUGCGACCCUGAUAACAGAUGGAAUAGACGUCGAUCUUAAACAGGUGCGAGAAUUGCGAGAAAUUGAAAUCAUAGGAAGUUUAACUGUGAUUCAUACAGCUAAUAUCUCAGUAGGAACACCCCUUUGUUAUCAAAAUAUUACUGGGCAGUCCCAUUCGAAAGAAUUUGAAGUCACAAACAUAUAUAGGAAAAAAGCGGUUUGA